AUGGAGGAAGAUGUUAAAACGGAAGAAGUAGGCAUCCUUUUUUGUAGUGAGUGCAAUAAUAUGUUAUACCCGAAGGAAGAUAAGCGCAACAAACGACUGAUGUAUGCUUGUCGAAAUUGUGAGUACAUGCAGCCAGCCGACAAUCCAUGCGUUUACGUUAAUCGCCUCGAACAAGAAAUCGAUGAAUUAGCGCUUAUAGUCCCUGACGUGGUCCAUGACCCGACAUUGCCUAGGACAGAGGAACACCAGUGUCCACGCUGUAAAAAACAGGAAGCAGUAUUUUUUCAGUCGCAGACUGUUAAAGCCGAGGAGAAUAUGCGCCUGUACUAUGUCUGCACUAAUGUUGAGUGCCUCUAUAAGUGGACAGAAUAG